UUUACCCCUUCCUCACGCCAGUCGUCGGUCCUUCGAUCUCGUUUUGCUUCGCCGUUGCCUUUUCCGCCUCCUAAGGCCGCCGGAAUCUUCGAAACCCUAGGAUCCAUGGGUCAGGGAACCCCCGGUGGGAUGGGGAAGCAGGGGCACCCUGGCGAUCGCAAGCACGACGGCGAUAAGAAGGACAAGAAGUUCGAACCAGCGGCGCCACCCUCUCGUGUCGGUCGCAAGCAGCGCAAGCAGAAAGGCCCUGAUGCCGCUGCCCGAAUUCCCACCGUCACUCCCCUCUCGAAGUGCCGCCUCCGCCUCCUCAAGCUCGACCGCAUCAAGGAUUAUCUCCUCAUGGAGGAGGAGUUCGUUGCUAACCAGGAACGUCUCCGUCCCCAGGAGGAGAAGAACGAGGAGGACCGAUCCAAGGUGGACGACCUUCGGGGUUCGCCCAUGAGCGUGGGGAACCUCGAGGAGCUUAUUGAUGAGAACCAUGCCAUCGUCUCCUCGUCCGUCGGGCCGGAGUAUUACGUUAGCAUCCUUUCUUUUGUCGACAAGGAUCAGCUGGAACCUGGCUGUGCCAUCCUUAUGCACAAUAAGGUCCUAUCAGUUGUUGGUCUCCUUCAGGAUGAAGUUGAUCCAAUGGUUUCUGUCAUGAAAGUUGAAAAAGCACCUUUGGAAUCAUAUGCUGAUAUUGGUGGCUUAGAUUCACAAAUUCAAGAAAUUAAAGAAGCUGUUGAACUUCCUCUGACUCAUCCUGAACUAUAUGAAGAUAUUGGCAUUAGGCCUCCGAAGGGUGUCAUACUAUAUGGGGAACCUGGAACUGGUAAAACUUUGCUCGCGAAGGCUGUAGCUAACUCAACAUCAGCAACUUUCUUGCGUGUUGUUGGUAGUGAGUUAAUUCAGAAAUAUUUGGGUGAUGGCCCGAAACUUGUUCGAGAACUAUUUAGAGUUGCAGAUGACCUUUCUCCUUCAAUAGUGUUCAUCGAUGAGAUAGAUGCAGUUGGAACCAAAAGAUAUGAUGCUCAUUCUGGUGGUGAACGUGAAAUACAAAGGACUAUGUUGGAGUUGCUGAAUCAGUUAGAUGGGUUUGACUCAAGGGGUGAUGUUAAGGUCAUUCUUGCUACCAACAGAAUUGAAAGUCUGGAUCCAGCCUUACUCCGUCCAGGUCGGAUAGAUAGGAAGAUCGAAUUCCCACUGCCAGAUAUUAAAACAAGAAGGAGAAUUUUUCAAAUACAUACUUCUAGAAUGACGCUGGCAGAUGAUGUCAACCUGGAAGAAUUUGUCAUGACAAAGGAUGAAUUUUCUGGAGCUGAUAUCAAAGCAAUCUGUACUGAGGCUGGUUUGCUAGCUUUAAGAGAGCGUAGAAUGAAGGUUACUCAUGCAGACUUCAAGAAGGCCAAAGAAAAGGUAAUGUUUAAGAAGAAGGAAGGAGUGCCAGAGGGACUCUACAUGUGAGCAACUGGUCCUCUUGGACUGGAAGAUGGUAGAGGAUACUCCCUCCCCACAUGAGAAAUGUCGUUUCCAAGGGAUCUCUCAUCUCCCUCCAAUACCUUUAUCAAAUGAACUUUAAAUCCUGUGUAUUUUUAUUUGUACGCAAAUUUGGAUGUAUGGAUUAACUUAUGCAUUUAAUUUUACAUAUUUGCUUGAAUUUGUCGUCGAAACUUCAAAAAAUCUUCUACAGCAAUGCUUUGUCUGGUUUGAAUACUCAAGAAAGUGCAAAUUGCAUUGA